AUGGAAGAAUCAUUGUUAGCGCAGUGUGAUUUGUGCGGGCAAUCGUGUGAAAAUGGUCAAGUUUGGUGUGAACAUAUGAACAUGUAUCAUGGAGGAAUCUCUCAAUCAGGACAUCUGGAGACUAUCGCCAGUGUUGACAUCCAGGAGGAAAGAUCUGAUGAAAGUAGCGAUGACAGUUCCAAUGAAACAUCAGAUGAUGUCUAUCCUUGCCUUGAGUGUGGAAAGAUUUAUAAAUCAAAGUAUGGCAUGUCUAGACAUGUCAAAAUCAAUCAUUCCUAUGGCAAUGGCUUCAACUGUAAAAUUUGUUCUCAAGCCUUUGCCACUAAACUGCUACUAAGAGAGCACCUAGUACAAACACACCCUGAUGACCCAAAUGUCAUCAAAUGUCUUGUGUGCGAUAAAAUAUUUGCAGAUAAAGCCACUUUGUCACAACAUUUUAAAUCACACAGAACUGACCGUCCUUUUAAAUGUACAGUUUGCGACAAGACGUAUAAAGACAAACACGAUCUGGCUCACCAUGAGAAAACACAUUCUGCAAUACGAGAACAUGUCUGCGAGCAAUGUGGCAAGACCUUUUUACGUCCACGAGAUCUCAAGCAUCAUGUUGAAACACACUCUGACAUCAAACCUUUCCAAUGCAACGUCUGCAAUAAAACAUUUCGGACGAAUGUAAGUCUGAGAAUCCACACAAAACAUCACACAAACCCACACAAGUUUGAGUGUUUUAUAUGUGAGAAGAAAUUUGCAAUGAAACAUACCCUGAAACGACAUUUAGUAACCCAUCGACAGAAAAGACAAUACCCUUGUUCACAAUGUAAUAAGGCGUAUCACUUCAAACAUAAGUUAGAUCAUCAUGUUAAGACAGUACAUAAUAAUGAACGUCCUUAUGAAUGCCAAGACUGCAACAGAACAUUCACAAGUAAAGAAUACCUCAAGACUCAUGUCAGAGUCCAUAGUGGGGAACGUCCAUAUCAAUGCUCAAUGUGUGAAAGGACCUUUUCUCAGGUGUCGAACAAACUGCGUCAUGAGCUGAUCCACAAAGCUAUCAAGGCAUUUAAAUGUUCAGUUUGUAACAAGGGAUUUUACACACAGUACGAGCGUAAUCAACACAAGCUUAUUCAUGAGACUGUGGAUAAUAAACCAUUUAAAUGCACAGAAUGUGAGAAAGGUUUUGUUAAAGCAUUCUCGCUCAAAGAACACGUCCAACGAAUCCAUCAGGGUGUACGGCAUACUUGUACCAUCUGCCAAAAGUCGUAUAAAGUUGCCUUCAAUUUCAGACAACACAUGAAAAAGCAUUUGAAUGGAAGUGAAGAGAAGAAUGGAGAAACAAAUGAUGAAGAAACAGGAAAGGAAGAGGAUGGACACACAGAGGAAGGAAACAAACAAGAAUUGGAACAGAAUAGUUUGUUUGAAACACAGGGUGCAGCAGAACAACAGAAUGCUGUGUCCACAUUGUCUGCAUCAAACAAGUAAUCUAUUUUGUAUUGUUUAUUAAACGUACAAAGUUGUCCUUCAGUAGCAUUAUAUGAAUGCAACUGGUUCAAGUGAGGCCAAAAGCUACUGUUAAAACUUUAAAAGUUUUAAAAUAAAAUUUCCGCCUAACUUUACUUUACUUUUAACAGUAGCUUUUGGCCUCACUUGAACCAGCAACAUAUUUUGUAUGGUAUAUAAGACCUACUUGCUACCUGUAAAAGAUUGUGUACUGGCCACAUUUUCAGAUAUCUUCUUCAGAUUGUUUAGACAUGAAGAUAUUUUUCAGGUAGUUCAGACAAAAACCAUGACAGCUUAUUGUAGAAUACCUACACUGGACCACCAUGUUUGAGAUAUCUUUUUCAGGUACGGUAGUUCAGAAAAAACCCACAACAGACUAUUGUAGAAUACCACCUACACUGGACCCAUAUGUGUGCCCUGUACAGUGUAAACUAAUAAUACUAAUUUUUACUUUUUUGUUACAGUUCACAAGAUAAGAAGUGUGAUCAGACAGUUCGACCGUAUUCCUGUGGGCAAUGUUCACAAUCAUUUCGCAGAGUGCAAGAUAUGAAAAGACACAUUGAUCGCGUACACAAACCAUUCAAAUGUCAGCUUUGUAAAAAAUGCUUUAGUGCUGAAUCAGAGCUAGAGUCCCACACCCUGACCUGUACUGGACCUGAGACGGAGUUUCAAUGUCCUGAAUGUGGGAACACAUUUGCUUCGAAAGCAAACUUAAAGCGACACAUGGAAAUCCACAGUGGAGCAGAACCUAAACAAUGUCCGCAGUGCGACAAAACAUUUAGAAAUGAGAAGUUGUUACAAAAACAUGAAGUGGUGCACUCAGAUGAACGUGCAUUUGCAUGUCCUAGAUGUGACAAAGCUUUCCGUAGAGCUGAGGAUCUAGUCAAACAUACCCGUACACACACUGGAGAAGCACCUUAUAAAUGCAGGUUAUUACCAAGCGCCGGCAAUGGGUUUUUCAACAUGGACGUCAGAUUGCCAAGGGGGGACUAGAUUAAAAACUGUUUUGUAUAAAGUUUUGAUUAAAAACUGUUUUGUGGUAAUCUUCACAAAACAUAAGAUUUUUAAAGUGUUUUUCUUCCUUACACAAGAAAUAUGAUGCAAAAUGCCCUUAAAAUUAGUUGUAGCAAUUGUUGGGUGAUGUCCGUAUUGACAAGAACAUUGCAUAUGCCCAGUAGUUGAUAUAUUCCCAAUUUUUCAAACACAGUUUUAUUCACUUUCAAAAACUACAAAAUUGUGUCCAGUUUGCCAAACGAGAGUGGCACAAAUGCAUUGAAAUGUCGCCAAUGACGACUGUAAAUCCAACAAUUUGACGAUUUUCUUUUUGUUUUAGAUACUGCGAUAGAGCAUUCAAGCAAGGCAACAAUCGUCAACGUCACGAACAAACACAUACGUUGGAGAAACGCUUUAAGUGUCAAAUUUGCAAUCGACGUUUCAGCACUGGCUCUGAAGUCAAGGAACAUAUGUUAACACACCAGGUGCCAGAUGGGAAAUAUUUUAAAUGUCAUGUCUGCAAGAGGGGAUUUUCAUACAGCAAGAGUUUGAAGUCGCAUAUCAAACAUGCACAUGUCAACCCCAAGCAUGGCUGUAGUUUGUGUGACAUGAAAUUUGCUACAGGGCGUGAAGCAAAGAGACACGAGAAAAUGCAUCGUGAUGGCAGCUUGGGACUGGAGGGAACUGUGGCUGAUAGUGGAGUGGGGCAGGAGGUUGAAGUAAGGGAGAGUGUUAGUAAGGGUGUUGGAGUUACUGUGGGUGGGAAUGAUGGAGUGAGUGGUGUAGAGCUGGAUGGUGGAGUGGGGGAAGUGCAAAAUUUAAGUGAGGUAAGAAGGGAAAUCAGAAGUAAUGAGGAGGGUGGUACUGGUGAUGUACAACCGGGAGGUGAAGUAAGGGAAGAGGGGCAAAGUGGAGAGGGUGCAGUACAAAGUUUUGUAAUGACUGAUGUUGGUGAAGUAAUGAAAGCAACUGAAAAUAAUGAUGGUGUAGGAGAGGAUGGUGGAACAAGAGAGGAUGGUGAAGUGACAGGUGGAUUGGGGAAGAACAGUGGGGUUAGGAGUGAUGGUAGUGUCGUGGGACAAGUUUGUAAAGGAAGGAAAACACGGACAUACAAACGUCGUGCAAAACAGGGAGGUGGAGUAAGAUCUCGGAAAAGAAGACAGCUCAAUAAAGGAAGAACAGGAGGAAAUGUCAGAAAACAAGAUAGAGGGGAGGAAGAAGGUGAAGAAAUGAGAGUUGCAAAUGAAGAAGAGCUAAACAAUGAAAUGGAACAAAAUAGUGAAAUAACAAGUGAUGUUGAAGAGAGACAAUUUGAUGCAGAAAGACCACACGUUGGUCAAGUCCAUGAAAGUCGUGAAUCAAGAGAAAUGGAGGAAACACAGACAGUUGUUAAAGUGCAUGGUGAGGGUAGUCGAGCAAAGAAAGGUAGUCGAGCAAAGAAGGGAAGACAAGCAAAGAGAGUUGUUGAACCGAGCAACACUGCGAGACAAAUAAUUACGCAAGUUGGUGAGAAGAGGAAAGGCCGUCCUGUACAACUUCUUGGUGGAAAGAGAAAAGACACCGAGGGACGGAAUAAACAAAAGAAAGUUGUUGAUAGAAGAGAAACUGCAGCGAGAGAUGUUAUUGCAAGGCAGGAGAUUGAAACAAGGAAGAAUGAUGUGAGGGUACAAAACAAGCGGAGAGUUGUUCGUGCAGUCGGCAAGACAAACAUCACAACGGCACGCAACAUCGGAGCAACGAGUGAUCUUCUUAUUACGAAAGUCAUCAGAGCAAAGAAUGAUGGUGGUGCAAGAAAUGAUGAAAAGUCCAGGGAAAAUUCUAGCACCAGAAUGAGCGCAGAGCAGAGAAAUGAGGGUGAUGCGACCAAUAACACAACAGAGAUCGCAAGGAAAGAUGUUGCCGCCCAUAAUAAUAGUGACUCCAGGGAAGAUGCUGGCAGUGUACACAUUGGCGAAGAAAGAGACAAGAGUAACACCACACAUGUUCACAUAAGGAAUGGCGACGUGAGAAAGAGUCAGGAAGGUGGUGGAAAAACCUCGACGGACACAUCAAGAAACAAUGAAGCCUCGAACGAGGCAAUUCGUAAGAUUUUGGAAGGAAAACCAUUCAUUUGCCCCGUGUGUGAUAAAGGACACGCUAGUAGAAAUGGUUUAAAACAUCAUUAUAAGACACAUCAGAAUGGCAGUGAGAACAAAACGCAUAUGUAUUACUGCCAUGAAUGUAAGGAAGGUUUUAAGACGAAGAGAAAGUUCUGGUUGCAUGAUGUGAAAGUUCAUGGACUCAUUGAAACGUCGUCGGAAGAAAGUGAUUCAGAAAUGGUUGCAGGGCAUGAAGAGAGAAGCACGCGUGUAAACAUGACAGACACAAGAAUCGAUGUAAGGAGUGGUGGGGAUAUAAAAGGUGAUAGGAUGGCAACUGGUAGUACAAGUGGCGAUCGAAGGGAUGAUCUAGAUACACCAGGUAUUGCAGAAGGUGAUUUAAGGACAGAUGGGGAUAAUCCAGUAAUAGAUGUAGAUUACGUGGAUGGAAGAAAAGUGGUACAAAGUAAGAUCACAGAUUGGUUUCGUUAA